UCCCUUUGCUGCAGCGAUGAAAGCAGAGGAGACAAUCGAGUUAGACCCGUGAAUGUGCUAUAUAAUCGUUUGUUAGACCUGAGAUAUUUUAGUGUCAGUGCGCAGCCUGAUACGACCCCUGCUCUGCAGUGGAGUAUAUAUGUAUAUAUAUUUUUCCCUCGGAACACAAUUGAGUAUUUUUCACUGCUCAAAGGGAACCAGAGCAAGCUAGAGUGGCCGACGAGUCGGCCCACUGCAGCGUGAAUCACCGCAGACUCGCCCUUGCGCUGAUUUUUGCGGUCGUUUCUCUGUGGACGUGCGCAUCUCAUCGGAGACAGAAAGCAGAGGGGAGGGAAGGGACGGAAACCGACUCGGUGUUCGACUCUCUGUCGCAGCCCGAGGCGCGCUGCUAGGCAGAGCAUGCUAAAGAAUGAGCCAAAGGGACACGCUGGUUCAUUUGUUCGCCGGAGGAUGUGGUGGUACAGUAGGCGCCAUUUUGACUUGUCCCCUGGAAGUGGUCAAAACCAGGUUGCAGUCGUCUUCCAUCACACUGUACAUUUCUGAAGUCCAGCUCAGCACAGUUAAUGGAACCAGCGUUGCCCGUGUUUCUCCACCAGGACCCCUGCAUUGUCUCAAGUUGAUCUUGGAGAAAGAAGGUCCUCGCUCUCUGUUCAGAGGACUUGGCCCCAACCUUGUAGGAGUGGCACCUUCCAGGGCAAUCUACUUUGGAGCCUAUUCAACAGCCAAGGAGAAGCUGAAUGGAGUUCUGGAGCCAGACUCGACCCAGGUGCACAUGUUGUCCGCUGGGAUGGCAGGGUUCACCGCCAUCACAGCCACCAACCCGAUCUGGCUGAUCAAGACCCGUCUGCAGCUGGACUCCAGGAACCGAGGAGAGCGGCGCAUGAACGCCUUUGAGUGCAUGCGGCGGGUGUACCAGAUGGACGGCCUCCGAGGUUUCUACAGGGGGAUGUCAGCCUCGUACGCUGGCAUCUCUGAGACUGUGAUCCACUUUGUGAUCUAUGAAAGUAUCAAAAGAAAACUGCUCGAGUCCAAAGUCCACAACAGCAUGGUCGAAGAGGACGAGAUUUCUAAGGAUGCGUCAGACUUUGUGGGGAUGAUGCUCGCUGCAGCCACAUCCAAGACCUGUGCCACCUCCAUCGCCUAUCCCCAUGAAGUGAUCCGCACGCGACUACGAGAAGAAGGCAGCAAGUACCGCUCCUUCUUCCAAACUCUUGUGACAGUCCCCAGAGAGGAGGGAUACCGGGCGCUGUACCGCGGCCUGACCACGCACCUCGUCAGACAGAUUCCUAACACUGCUAUUAUGAUGUGCACCUAUGAGGUGGUGGUCUACCUGCUCGGCCGUUAGCAAGGAGUGGGUUUCUCCUUUCGGUGGUGAAGAACGGAGAAGGAAGCCUUUAGGCUCGGAAUGGUAGGUAUGAACUGUGACAAAGAAGACCAAAGGAAAUCUGAAGAUACUCUGAUGGAGCAGAGAAGGAGGAAAGAGGAAGAUGCAGCUCAUGGGGAGAACACCAGCAUCAUCAGGUGGAGAGUAAACGUCUUAGAGGAGAGGUGCAGAUGGUAGAGAUCUGUUGGAUUUGACUUCAAGCUGAAUUCAGUGGCCUGAAAAGAAAGAAUUAUUUUCUAUCAAUUUAAAAGGAAAAACAGUAAAACAAGAAAAUCUGCAUUUUCACCCUGUUGUAGACAUUCUACAAGGGGAAUGUUUGAAGACAUCUUUCAUAAAGCGCCAAAGCUCAAUUUUACUCUGUUUCAAUAGUUUAUAAGUUUUGCACCCUUUGUCUCCAGUAGUCUGCACUUUGUCAGCUACUUUUCGGAAAGUCCAAUAAAGCUGAAGUUGAUUUUGAGGCAAAAGCGCCUGGAUGUUCUAAGGUCACCUCAACCUCUCUACUUUGCACAAAGGAAAGUUAUACUUCAAACAUUCUUCUAUAAACACAGCAUGUACAGUUGCAUAUCAGCAAAUAAGAACAUAAUCAAAAAGUUGAUUUGUUUAAGCGGGUCGAUAAAAUGCAAUGAUUGCAUAUUGUGUGGAUAUGUUGCACACAAAGUGAAGCAACUUUCCAUCAAUAUACUUGCAUGCAGUGCUCCGAACAGCCUGAGUUAGUUAGUAACUCUGUACUGUUGUGGGGAAGACGUCUCAUUUCACAGCCAAUAGUCACUUUCACACCACAAAGCUCAUCGUUAAAGAAGGUGGCUCUUCAGACGACUGUCCAAGAAUUUUAAUGGAAAGUUAAGUGGAAGGAAAACAUUUCUUCAAAAAGGUUCACAAGAGGGAGAAGCAGAGUGUUGAUAAGAUUGUGAAGCAAAUGUCAUUAAAAAAUUUGCAUUUUGCUCACUUUCUUGACCUCCCUGGUUGUUGUCGACAUUGUUUGCUCGAAUCUGAGCCUCUUUUUGGAAUUAUGCUUCUGAUCACCCUGAAAAAUACAGUUUGAAGAUCCACAAUUGUUCAACUGGUAGACACUUCUCAGACCUUACUACUCUUGUGUGGAAACAGGAAGUUGUGUCCCGAAUGAGAUAAGAAGCCUUCCUUCUGGUUGUUACUGCGUCCUACAAUUACAGAGUAUCUUCUGCUAGUUUCUACUUGAACCUAAUGUGACAGUUUGAGGAAAAUGUUGGGAGUGCCACGAUGUUGAAAGGUUCCUCAUCUAAAAGCCUGUUUUGCGUGCGAGUACGUGGAUGAUGUAUUUGUGUUCAAGAAUGUGUGCCUGCAUGUCAAUCAAAUAUAUACUCCAGAUUUCCAUCCACUAGCUGUUAAUCUUGCAAUACAGACCAGUUUGGGGGUGUUGAUAGACUGGGAGCUUAGGUUCCCAGUCAAACCAGUCCUUCCUUCCCAGUGGCUUCCAACUGACCUGAUAACAUGCACUUUUGUGGCCUUUCAAGGCUCGUGCUUUGCUUUCUGUCGUGUGGAUGAAACUUGUACAUGGUGAAAGAAAGAAAAAACAAAACAACAAAAGUAUUACUGUAUUUUAAAUGGCAUUUUGCGCAGCCGUUCUCAUAGCAGAUGUUUGUACAGUUUAGACUUUCCAUUUGUUGUGAAGGAUGUUCAGAUGUUUGUAAAUAAUAAUAUAGUGUUUAUGAAUAUCACUUUUUGUUUCUUCCUCAGUCCCUCUUUCUAUCACGCUUUUGUUUGCCUUUGCGAAUGAUUGUUUUCAUUUUGUGCAAUUGAAGAUGUUUUGACAUUGACUGUUGAUGAGCAUAUAAAUGUGGCUUGGCUACGUUUUCCUGUGUUUAUAUGUUGCAGAGAGAUAGCAAAUGCUGCAGUUAAUUUGAAGUGUUAGGUACCGAGCAUCGGUUUGGUUUGUCAUGUUCGUUAAGAACAAAAUUGUUCCAGUUUGCAAAACUUGGUUAUUUCUGUCACAACGUUUACAUGUCCUUUUACGCUCAGAUUCUGCUGUUUUUUUCUUCUUUGUUUUUUCUUUCUUUGCAGUUCGUUUUGAAUAUCACAGUUAGGUGGUUUGUAUGGGGGCAGUUAUGAAACUGGAAUAAUUUUUCAGACACUAUAUAGCAUUCAAGAAAGUGCUUCAGAUGGUUUUAAAACAGAAAAAAAAAACCCAAUAAAACAAAUGCUUUACAGUUACCAAAGGUUGUGUUAUUACACACAGUGUGAUGAAAAAUAGUUUCUCCACUGAAAGGAAAUGGAGAGCUUUUGAACGCCCCGUACAAACUCCUUGUGUUGCAGUAUCAUUUCAUAGGCAAACAGAUUUUUAGUAACCUGUGUUAGCUUUCCAGCUUUAGUCUGGCAUGCUACCAACCUACAUUUUUUCUUUUUUCUUUUUGUCUAAAGAAAAGAAAGAAGACGUGCUCAUUUCAUGUCCAUGUGUUGCUGUAGAACACUAAAAGCUUUGAUUAUGUCUCAGCUGUGCUGUUGUAGUACUUGAGGUCACAUUACCUGAAUGGGAUAUGAGAAAACAACUGGAACAAAUCAUGCAAAUAUUUCACUUGAUAAUUUAUCAAUGUCUUUGGCAGGUUCCCUUGGAUAGGAUGCAGCCUAAAAAAAGGGUUGAACUAUGCUAAGAUUAUGUUUUCCCAGCUCUGUCAUUUGUGUGUUUUAA